GUAUUAAUAUGAUAGUCAAAAGCAAUAACAGUUUUUAAUUUACCACUUGUACGGUGAAUCCUCUUGAAUUCUAUGGCAAUCAGAUAAAUUUGAAAUUUAACACUAAGGGUCACUCUAUACACACACCAAGAUACACACUAAGGCACAAUGUCACUGCGCAGGCCCAACGAGAAGCCAAUGAAACCAGUAAAUCGUUCCACGAAUCUGGUAGGGAAAUUCACGCAGAGCGUGAGGCGUAUAGUGCAGGAUGUGAAAGACGAAGGUACGACCAGCGGCGCCACCAAGGAGGAGGUGAUCGAAACGAACGAGAGGCUGCGUGCGGUUAGGGUGCGCAUGGACGAGUCCUACGAUACUGCCAAAAAGGCCCUGGUCGGUUUAAUGACCAAGUAUAACGAGAGCAAACAUGUCCAUAACGUUUUUCAGAGGUAUAAUUUGCUGAAAACGAUGAUUAAGGACGUCAUUCGAUUGGAAACCCAAUACUGGACCCUAGUAGACAUCCCGAAGCAGGAAAAACAGGAAACGGUCCCGGCAUUCGUUCUGAGGGCGUGCUCCAUCAUGGAAAAGACCCAAAAGUCGGGCGAGGGUGUGAAAACCACCACGAAACUCGCCGAGGAGGCCAUAGAAAAAAAAGAGAGAAUAGAACGACUAGAGAACAUGACAACGUCCCAAAUAGACGCAGAAAACACCCAGAUGACCAACGACCUCUACAGGCUACUCAAGAAGUAUUCGGGACUGAGGAACCUUAUUAGACAGCUCAAGACUGAAUACACCAAUGCGAAAAUCUACCCCAUGGUAAUAAGGUAUUCCAUGCUUAAGGAUAUGAUCAAGGACAUCAUGCUGCAUCCAGAUUACAUGGAGGUGUGCCACGAGGUGGACGUAUAGCCGAAAUCCUUUUCCUAGGGGACUCCGAAACGAAGGCAGAGCUGUCGGUACUAGUUAAGAACGUUCUAGGAGUCAGCAAGUAUGGACCUUCGUCUUCGAGAUCCUCCGGGAACCCUCGUAUCUUUGAGGUUGGAUAGAAAAGAACAAUGGAAUUUAAUGGAAAUCUGGACAACGAAGAACUCGAGAAGAAGGGCGUGUCACUAAAAAUAAAAAUCAUUUUCCAAAAAUUUUAGUUUUAUAAGGGUGGUAAUCGUUUCAAGUUGUGCCAUUUAUAUGGGUUUUAUAAGCAUCCCUAGUGGUAUAUGAAGGUGUGUAUUUAAACGCUGCGCUAUAUAAUAUAUACAUAUAUAACCAAAAUAAAUAAAUAACAUUUGUGAUAUUAUAUUUUGUGAUAAAACGAUCCUUUGUACAUUCGCCCAAAAGCCUAUUUUUAAUGUAUUUUUUGUUUAUUGUUGAAGGAUUUUGUUGCACAUUUUAUUUAUUUUAUCACCUCCAAACCCAUGUAUAGCAUAUAUAUAUAUUAAAUGGCACAUUUUACCCUUACUAUAUAAUAAUCUCUAUUAGUAAGUUAGUCUAUGUAAUAAAUUGUUGUAAAAAUAUUUAAAUCGUGUAUAAACCUCAUUGUUAAACGUGAAAUAAUGUUAGGAUUUUAUGAAAUAAUAGGCAACGUCGCCAGAUUUCAGAUGUUAUGGGUACUUUCAGUGGAAUUUGGCAACCUUGCUCUACUGUAAUUUUAUUUCUUUACUUAUUUUUUUUUACUAAAGUGUGACCCCUCAAACUAAUUGAAAUUUUAUUAACGUCGUUAUUUUCAAUGGAACACCCUAUUUAUUGUCACUUACAUAUUUAGAUUCUACGUAAAAUAAUAAGAAAUCUGAGGGGACACAUGCUUCACUUUCUUUGAUAUAACCCAAUUUUAAUUAUGUACAUAUUUAAACUAAACUAGAAGAAAGACAACACUGCCAUAUUUUAACAAUUAUUACCGUUCUGUCAAUAGUGUCAAUAAAACAUUAUAAUACAGUGGGACGUAAAAAUCCGUAGGACUCCGCCAUUUGGUUUUUUUUUCGCUUAAAUGGCGCCAAAUUUAAAAUAUCACACCCUAUUUAGGCCCACAUUAAUUCAUUAUCAAAUAUCAUAGUAUUAAAUUAUAUAUAUUUAAGGUUUAUAUAGUGUUGUAUGGUUAGUUAAGUUAAAAAAAAAUGGCGUAACACCAAUAGUCUUAAGAAUUUCCUGACUUUCUUGGAGAUAUAGGAUAAGUAGUGUUUAGCUAUAUACAGGGUGUUCAUGAUUACUGGAACGCAUCUCUUCUAGUAGUGGAAUAAGGACACCCUUUAUAUAAAUUGUAUCUUUAUUCAUUACUCUUGUAUGAGUGGUAUAUUUUUGACUCUAGGGGUCUUAUUUAAAAAAUAUAUAAGUGGUACUGUACUAUUUUUGGAUUUUAGGUGGAAUUUAAAGAAGAAAUAAGAGGAGUCACAUGCCAUAUUUUGGAGGAAUGGUUUUUGAGAUAUAUGUAAUUUUUUUCAAAAAUUUUCAUUUUUGUAAAUUUUGUCACAAACCAUUGGUUGCGCAUUUAAAAUGGGUAAAGAACACGGAUUUCCAUCUUUUUAUAAUUUCUAAAUGCCAAAUUCAAACUCAAAACUCAAACUCAAAAAUGCUUUAUUGUCAAUAUAAACAUAGAAGUUGUAGACAAAGCCAAUAGACUGUACAUUAAAGGAAUAAAAACGAGAAACUAAUUUAAAAUAAAAUAAAAUUAUAUAAAACUUUGAAAAAUACUUAAAUGCUAAUCAUUAAAAAAUUCACCUAAACUAUAGUACGCUUUACUGGCAAGAAAUAUGUUCGUCCUUGUACGUAGGCUUUUUUCAGUCUUAAGUUCUCUUAUUUCUAGUGGAAGUUACAGCUUUCUACCUCCAUAUAUGAUAGAGCUACAGACAUACAAAAAGCGGGCGAUAUGAGUCACGAGGCUUGGCCCCACAUAGAUAUCUAAUGGCCCUUUUCAGGAGUACAAACACUGAACUAAAAAGUGAAUUUGAACAUGAACCCCAAAAGCAAAUUCCAUAUCGAAGGUGCGACUCGAUAAUCGCGAAGUAUGCAGAUCUGGCGAUGGAGAAAUUAAGACUGGUGGCAAUAACCCUUAGGACGUAGCAGCCUGAUGAGACUUUUCUACAUACAUUCACAAUAUGGUCUUCAAAUUUAAGGAACUUGUCUAUGGAAAGACCCAAAAACUUACUGAACGGUGGCAUGGUGAUGGCUUCAUUAUUUAAACAUAUAUCAUUUGUAUUACAUUUAAAAUUAAGGAUAUUUGUUUUGGAAACAUUAAAUGUCACCCCAGUCUUUUAUCUUUAACAAAUCUGCACGUAUAUUGGCCCCCAUUUAAGAAACAUCAGAGUCGUGCCACAGGAUGGUGGUAUCAUCGGCAAACAAUGUAAAUUUGCCAGUUACCUGCAGUUGUGGCAGAUCGUACACAUAAAUGAGAAAAAGUAAAGGACCAAGUACUGAUCCUUGCGGAACACCCACAUUUAUAUUAAGUUCUUUAGAGAUACCACCAUUAAAUUUGACAGCCUGGACACGAUUUGAUAAGUAGGAACGAAACCACUCAAGGGCGGUUCCUCUGAAACCAUAGAGCUCCAGUUUCAUCAGCAGCACUCUGUGACUCACGCAGUCAAAUGCCUUGGACAAGUCACUUCACCAACAUUCAGUCGGUUGUACAGGUGCUCUAGAAAGCUAAAGAUAGCAUCAUUUGUGCUUACAGACUCACGAAAGUCAAACUGCUGAAGACUCAAUAGGCCAAACCUAUUUAAAAAUGAAACCAUCCUCACCUUAACGAGCCGUUCCACUAUCUUGACUAAAGUAGCCAAAUAACGUUAUAGAUCUAAAGUUAGAAGGAUAGUCGCGAUCGCCUCCCUUGUAAAGAGAAACAAUCAUUGCUCUUUUUAAGCACUCUGGGAAAACUCCAGACAUAAAUGAAAAGUUAAUUGACUCGGCCAAGACUUGCAAAGCAACAAGAGGUAAAGCAGAAAAUAUUUUAAGAGAAAAUCCAUCCCAACCUGAUGAACUCUUAUUCUUAAUAUUAUUAACCAUUAACUGUUUAAGCUCUUCUACACUUGUGGGGGUAAAAAAGAAAG